CUAUCUCCUGCUGCUCGUCGCGUCGUCUCGGCUCUCCACGGAAUUUAAACGUCACUCACGGUUGCGCGAGAGGCUUCACGCUCCAUGUGUCGCCAGUCCCCUGCCUCGCGCACAUUAAUAUUCCUGUAAGUCCCAGUCAUGAAUAACAAUUACAGCAUCUACCGGGGGUAGAGGCGGGAGCUCGGUGCUCACAGUCAGAGCGGCGGCAGCUCCGGGCGGAGGAAGGUUCAGUGAGGAUCUGUGGAGCAUCAGGCCGAGCACUGCACACACACACGCUGCUUUACCCGGGGAUGAGUCUGACUGUCUCGGCCCAAACACCGACUUCAGCCCGCUGCAGUUUUACCGUGAGCCCGCUUCAGCACCAGAGGUUUUACAGAUGUUAGUUCACUCCUACUCCACCGCGGACCGGCAUGACGGUGUCUCGAGCCACAGCUCGCGCCUGUCCCAGCUGGGCUCGGUGUCGCACGGGGGACCGUACUCCAGCGCGCCGCCGCUGUCUCAUGCACCCACGUCGGACUUCCAGCCUCCGUACUUCCCGCCGCCGUAUCAGCCGCUCGCUCACUACCAGAGCCAGGACCCGUACUCCCACGUGAGCGACCCGUACUCCCUGAACUCCCUGCACCAGAGCCAGCAGGGCGCAUGGGGCGCGCGGCAGCGGCAGGACGCCGCCGGGGACCGGAUGGACAGCUCGGCUCUGCUGGCCCAGCCGCGGGCCUCGCUGCAGCUGUCCGGGCUGGACCCACGGCGGGACUACGGGGUGCGGCGGCCGGACGUGCUGCUGCACUCCGCGCACCCGGGACUGGAUCCCGGUAUGGGGGACGGACUGCUGCACGGGCUGCACGGCAUGGAGGAUAUUCAGACUAUUGAAGACAACAACGGGACGAACAUCCUGGAUCAGUCAGUAAUUAAAAAAGUCCCCAUGCCACUGAAGAACAUGGGCUCCCUGAUGCUGGGUAAGGACGGCCUGAUGGGGGGAGUGACUGUCAACAUUAACGAGGUGUUCUGCUCGGUACCGGGCCGCCUGUCGCUGCUCAGCUCCACCUCCAAGUACAAAGUGACCGUAGGGGAGGUGCAGAGGAGGCUGUCCCCGCCCGAGUGCCUCAACGCCUCCCUGUUGGGGGGCGUGCUGAGAAGAGCAAAGUCCAAAAACGGUGGGAAAUGUCUGAGGGAAAAGCUGGAGAAGAUUGGACUGAAUUUACCUGCUGGAAGACGCAAAGCUGCCAACGUCACAUUACUAACGUCUCUUGUAGAAGGUGAGGCGGUGCACCUCGCCCGGGAUUUCGGUUACAUCUGCGAGACGGAGUUUCCCACCAAAGCCGUGAGCGAGUACCUCAACCGGCAGCACGCGGACCCCAACGAGCUGCACACGCGGAAAAACAUGCUGCUGGCGACAAAACAGCUGUGUAAGGAGUUCACAGACCUGCUGGCCCAGGACAGGACUCCCCUGGGCAACUCCCGGCCCUCGCCCAUCCUGGAGCCCGGCAUCCAGAGCUGCCUCUCCCACUUCUCCUUCAUCACGCACGGCUUUGGCUCACCCGCCCUCUGCGCCGCGCUCACCACCCUCCAGAACUACCUCAACGAGGCUCUCAAAGGACUCGACAAGAUGUUUCUCAACAACCCUUCCAACAACCGGCACGGGGACGCCGGCAACAAGGCCGGCGACAAAGAGGAGAAGCAGCGGAAAUGAAGCAGGGGAAGAAGGGGAGCAAUGAUGGAGAGCCGAGCGGGAGGCGGCCACACACACAGUGGCGUUUCACCGUUACUUCUAGCUUUACACCACUGCGACUGACCUGCCACACACAGGGACUGAGGAGGAGGAGGAGGAGGAGGAAGGCUAGGUAGAGAGAAAAAGGCAGAGGAAGACACCCGUGGGCCAGUGUCAGAGAGCACAGAGGGAUUUUUCAUCUGUGUUACGUUCUUUUCAUCCCCCUGAGGACAUGGUGGUUACUGUGUUACAUCCAUUUUGCUCCCCCUGCCUGCAUCCUGUGAGACUGAGAUGCUGUGAGCAGCCAACAAACAACAUUGUGUGCAUGUGUGCCUGAAUGUGUGUGUGUGCGUUUGUGAGUGUGUGUGUGGUGUGUGUGUCUGUGUUUGUCCUCACACACAAAAAGCAUUGUGGGAGAAUCGGGUUGUGAGCAUCCUAUCUGUGAAACAGAUUUGUCUGGUUAUUUAACACGAGCACGCGGAGGGAGGGUGUUAAUUUAUGUGUGUAAAUAUUUAUUUAUAUUAAUUUAAAAUGAACGGUUGUGUAAAUAGGUUCACCAGCUAUUUUGGAGUAGGCCUAUUUAUCUGUGAUUCGACCUUUGUGAGCCGGCGGCGGGACUCAUCCAGUGUUUUUCUGUUCUUAUAGAGCUGUUGUCAUGGUGCUGAUGAUGGGUAGACAUGCUUCUAAUUGUCCAGUGAUUUCAUUUCUAUCACACUGAUAAUAAACCAUGUGUUUUAUUACGCGA